GGGCAGAUUGAGUCUCUAAACAGAUCGAUAAUGUUGUGGGGCUGACUGUUGUGACACUGAUGACAGAAUGGAGCAAAGCUCACAUAUAAACACACGUACAGUCACAGCUGACAGAAACACUGACGACACGCACCGCGACGACAUUUCACCAGGACUCUGAUCGACUAAAACAGAGACGUCAUGUCAACAUAUGACACGGGGAACGCAGCGGUGCGUCGCUCGAGCGGACGGACAGAAAGCCGGCGUCCCACAGAGAACGGCUCCGUCAGCCAGCAUGACGCUCACACAGAUACGAGUGAUAUAACACUGAGAAAGGAAGACGUUGAGAGGAUGAAAGCGGAGCUGAUCCAAAACGUUCAGUCUCAUCUGAAUGAUCUGCUGGAGCGAGCGCUGUCAGACUCCUUACAGUCGCUCUCCAGAAACACACAAACACACUCGGAUCACACACGCACCCACGACAGGCACAAACCGGAUCAGGGGAAGGUGUUUGUGGCCCGAUGCUCCCUGCUGGAUGAGUUAUUUGAGAUCAGUCACAUCAGGACCAUCAAUCACAUGUUCAUCGCCGCUCUCUUCCUGUUCAUCAUCAGCACUUUAGCAGUCGACUACAUCGACCAGGGCAGGCUGGUUCUGGACUUCGAUCUGUUCUACUACGCGUUUGGUCAGUUGGGGACGGUCGUAUGGGCCUGGACGCUCAUGUUCGUAUACACUCUGCUCGGGCCGUAUUACAUUCUGAGCGUCUGGGCUUCACUGCACCACAGCUGCAGCUGGAGGACGUGCGUGUCCGCAGCCGCAGCGCUAACACUGUGUGCUGCUCAGAUGAGCAUGCUGGGAAUAUUUCCAGUCUACAUCGUCCUGCAUUAUCAGCUGCCGCCCGCCUCACGAUUCAUCAUCAUAUUAGAACAGAUCAGAUUUGUGAUGAAGAGCUACUCGUUUAUCCGUGAAACCAUGCCAGCCGUUCUCAGAAACACACCGCAGAAGGGUCAGUCUCUGCGAUAUCCAUCCCUCUCCAGCUACUUGUACUUCCUGUUCUGCCCGACUCUGAUCUAUCGGGAGGUUUAUCCGCGAAACCCGAACAUCAGGUGGGACUAUGUGGGCAUGAACUUUCUGAAGAUCUUGGCCUGUCUGUUCUAUCUGUACUUCAUCCUGGUGCGUUUGUGCAUCCCUGUGUUCAGGAACAAGAACAACCAGCCGUUCAGCACACGGACAUUCAUCCUGGCGAUCUUCCAUGCCGCUUUUCCAGGGAUGCUCAUGUUAAUUUUGGGUUUCUACGGGUUUCUGCACUGCUGGCUCAAUGCUUUUGCUGAGAUGUUGCGUUUCGCUGACCGGAUGUUUUACAAAGACUGGUGGAACUCGACGUCCUUCGCUAAUUACUAUCGCACAUGGAACAUCGUCGUACACGACUGGCUUUAUUACUACUGCUACAGAGACUUCCUCCGGCUGACGGGUCAUAAGCUCCGAUCGGUGGCCACGCUGUCUGUUUUUGCCGUGUCUGCAUUUGUUCAUGAAUAUACCUUUACCAUGGGCUUCGGAUUCUUCUACCCCGUGAUGUUCUGCACAUUCGCGGGCAUCGGUGUGGUGUUCAACUUCGCCUUGAACGACAAGCGCAAGAGCCCAGUGUGUAACAUCAUCAUGUGGACAAGUCUGUUCAUUGGUCAGGGCAUCCAUGUGUGUCUGUACUGUCUGGAGUGGUACGCCCAGAUCCAGUGCCCGCGCACAGGGACGAGUUUCUGGGAGCUGGUGACGCCGCGCUCAUGGACGUGCAGCUACCAGUGACAUCUGCACCGAGCACAAACCACAUCCGCUCUUCAUCAUCAUCAUCAUCAUCAUCAUCAUCAUCAUCAGUAUCUGCUAUUGCUCAUGGGUCAGCCAUCACACAUUAUGAAAUACAUUACAUAACACACUUAAUGACUUCUGGAAGCACAUCAGCCUCUCUGUAAAUGCUUUUUUACUUUAACUAAAUGUUGAUUUGAACUUAAUGACUGUAUAUAUUUUAAGUAUUGUGAUAAUGCACAUUAUUAAAAGUUAUAAAUGCUUUUA